GCCUAAAAGUACUUCCUGUUUUUUAGGUUUGUUAGAUUUUCCUGUUUUUGUAUAAAGUGAUUAUCAGUCAUAUACUCAUAUUUCACAUUCCCGGGUAAAUUGAUCUAAGUACAUGACAAAAAGUUAUCAUUGUGUUGUUUAAAAUAUAAAACCGAUACCGAAUAUAAAAAAGUUUCCUACUACACGUGUGUUAACCAGUAAAUUGUAAAUUAUGGAUGAUGAUUGGGAUGAUGACUCUGGAUCAGCUCCUAUUCCCACAGUGGCUCCUAGUGUGGCAACAGAAGGAGGUAAGAAGUUUUCAGCUGGAAGAGGUUUUAAAUCUGUAGAGAUAAGUGAUGGAGAUUGGGGCGACAAUGGUGGUUCUAGUUUUGAAAAUGGAUAUUCAGGCAGAGGAGGUGGAAGAAGGGGCGGUAGAGGAGGUGGUGACAACUAUCGCGGCCGCGGAGGAGAUCGUAAUCGAGGAGGUGGAGAUCGUAGGGGAAGAGGAGGUUAUAGUAGAAAUGGUGACAGUAAUGGCUAUGGAGAUGAAAAUGGUGAUAGUUAUGGCGACUCAAACAAAGAAAAUUAUGGAGGCUUUGAAAACAGAGGGCGUGGUAGAGGUGGCAGAGGACGAGGUGGCGGUGGUAGAGGUGGCAGAGACGACGAUGAUAAUGACUUUAAUGCUGAUAAAAGCGAGGAACCCCAAAAGCCACGUGAAAUUUAUAUACCCCCGGAACGUACUACAGAUGAAGAACUGUUUACCAGUACAAUAACGUCCGGUAUAAAUUUCGUUAAAUUGGAUGACAUUGAAGUCAAUGUUAGCGGUGAAAACGUUCCUACACCCAUUUCAUCUUUUGAAUCUGCAGGUCUGAGACCCCAUUUAUUACAGAACAUUAAAAAAUCUGGUUACACGAAACCAACCCCCAUUCAGAAACAUGCUGUGCCGAUAAUAAUGCAGGGAAGAGAUUUGAUGGGCUGUGCACAAACCGGUUCCGGAAAAACAGCUGCCUUCCUUUUACCUAUGAUAAACCAAUUAUUAACUAGUCAAGAAGGACCUGCAAUGGACGGCAACUGCUGUCAACCGAGAGUCGUGAUAGUUUCACCAACGAGAGAAUUGGCAAUUCAGAUAUUUGAACAAGCAAAGAAGUUUGCCUACAAUUCAAUAGUCAAAACAGUAGUUGCGUAUGGUGGUGCUAGUGUUAGUUACCAGAAAAAUCAUGUUUUGGCUGGGUGUCAUAUUUUAGUCGCAACACCGGGAAGGUUAAAUGACUUUGUGAGUAAGGGGGUGCUCUCAUUUGACAGUGUCCAAUAUUUUGUGCUAGAUGAAGCUGAUAGGAUGUUAGAUAUGGGUUUUUUGCCAACUGUAGAACAAAUGUUGGGACACCCUUCCAUGCCUGCAACUGGCGAGCGUCAAACACUCAUGUUUUCAGCUACUUUCCCUGAAGAAAUACAACAUCUUGCUGGCAAAUUUUUGCUUAACUACGUUUUUGUAGCGGUUGGCAUCGUCGGUAGUGCUUCCACUGACGUUGAACAAGUUUUCUAUCAAGUUCCAGGCAAAGAGAAAAUAAGGAAACUUAAAGGAAUGUUGAGUGAAAAUGGUGGUGAGCGGACGGUAGUUUUUGUCGAACAAAAGAGAACUGCUGAUUUUUUGGGAAGUUUCUUAUCGGAAAACGGAAUGAAAUCCACCAGUAUCCACGGUGAUCGUCUACAGCGCGAAAGGGAACAAGCUUUAUGGGAUUUCAAGAAAGGGAUUUGUAAUGUACUUGUUGCAACAGGUGUUGCCGCUAGAGGACUGGAUAUAGAAGGCAUAGAGCAUGUCAUCAACUUUGAUUUACCGAAGUCAAAAGAUGAAUAUGUUCAUCGUAUUGGAAGAACAGGGCGUCUCGGAAAUAAGGGUAAAGCUACUAGCUUUUUCGAUUCCUCCAGCGAUUCUGCUCUGGCACCUGCACUAGCUAUUAUUCUGAAGCAGGCUGGACAAGAAGUUCCUUCAUGGUUUGGUGAGAUCAGUUCUCAUUCAUCAUAUCAAAACGAUCGUGCAUUUGGAGGAACUGAUAUCCGUGGGGGAGAAUUUGGAAAAGCUCAGGUAGCAGAAGAAGUAGACGAGGAAUGGUGAUCUACAUUUGUUUGCGUGUUAGUUAUGAAUCAACAACACCGCAAAUCCAGUGAUUUUUAUAUUUUCAAUAGUUUGUAUGUCUUUUUCAAAUUGAUAUUUUCCUUUUAAGAGUUAAGAUCUAAAGUUUUGUUUUAAAAGAAGUAUGACUUAGUUAUUAUUGACUUGUUACUUGUAUCUGUGAUACAAUCGUUUUUUUUUUUUCAGAAUAAAUGCUUCUUCUAAUUUUUUAA